AUUCCUAUCUAUCUAUCUAUUCUUUUGAGCCAUUGCAGUAUCACACAAACACUCACAAUGUUACUCUCCAUGGCAAUUUCAUCUCUACCUCACAAUCUCACUCCUUCAUUUCUCUCUUCUACUUCUCCACUAUCCUUUUCACUUUCACCUUCUACUACUUCAAUUUCAAUUUCCACUACUAGAACCCUCCGAAACACUUCCUUCAAAAUCAAAAGCCUUAAAACCGAACGAGAACCUUCUUCAUCAGAUCCAAAUCCAGGUUUCGAUCCUAAAUCCGGCGUAGCCGUUUACAAACCUAAAUCCUAUGAAAUUCUCGCCAACGACGCUGCUAAUUCCCUCGCUUAUGCUCUUCAAGACGGAAAACUUCGACUCGAAAUCGAUUUCCCGCCCUUGCCCAGCGAUGUUUCUUCAUAUAAGGGAUCUUCAGAUGAUUUCAUCGAUGCCAACAUUCAACUUGUCUUGGCUGUUGUAAGAAAGCUCCAGGAGAAAAAAGAGUCCACAGUUUGUAUAGUAUUCCCUGAUAAACCAGAGAAGCUUCGAGCCUCUAAGUUGUUCAAAGCAGCUCUCGAUUCGGUUGAUGGCAUUACUAUAGGUUCCUUAGAUGAUGUCCCCGCAGGACCUAUGGCUUCAUUUUUCCGAUCUGUUAGGAACACCCUUGAUUUUGACUUUGAAGAUGAGAAUGAAGGUCGUUGGCAGUCUAGUGAGCCUCCAUCACUCUAUAUAUUCAUUAACUGCAGUACACGUGAACUUGGUUAUAUUGAGAAGUAUGUGGAAAAAUUUGCUCCAUCAACACCAACACUUUUAUUUAAUCUUGAGCUAGAUACUCUGCGUGCUGAUUUAGGCAUUCUAGGAUUCCCAACCAAAGAUUUGCACUACCGCUUUCUUUCUCAAUUCACUCCAGUGUUCUACAUUCGGAUCAGAGAUUAUUCAAAGACAGUUGCAAUAGCGCCUUAUAUUGUUAAUUACACUGGAGCCGUGUUCCGCCAAUACCCUGGUCCCUGGCAGGUGAUGCUUAAACAAGCCGAUGGUUCUUUUGCUUGUGUAGCAGAAAGUGCAACCCGCUUCACCCUUGGUGAAGCCAAAGAGGAACUUUUGAGGGUUCUGGGACUUCAAGAAGAGGAGGGAAGCUCUCUAGAAUUUCUACGAAGAGGCUAUAAGUCAAGCACGUGGUGGGAAGAAGAUUUUGAUUUGGAAGCAUCUUCUGCGUGGCGGAGCUGAGUAGAACACUACCAGAAGAGAUUCUUUGUUGUAUAGUUCAUCCACAUGCAGUGGUCAUAUAAUGCUCCCAUGCAGAGAAAGAAGGCAUUGCCUACUAAAGUCCUUUUCUUAAAAAUAUUCUUUGAUGUAAUGUUUUUGCCAAAGAAAUACAAAACUUAGCAAACUCAACAGUAACAAGAUUCUGUGUUUAAUAAUACUAUGAAGUACACUAGAAGCAACGUAAAUGUAUAAUAACACAAUUGGUCCUCAUAAGCAAAACAGAAUUUGAUCACUCUUCAUUAUCGA